GGUCAGUCGAGUCGUGUGCAAUCGAACGGAUAGACACACAACGGUGGUCGGAGUCGGAACGCCCGGACAACGUAGUGCUUGUGACAAUGCUGUGAUCGUCCCCGUACCUGCACUUGGAUCUCUUCUUCUCUCCCGCUCUCUCGCUCGCUCUCGAUCGAUAACAAAUCAGUGCCAUAAAACCUGGAAAGCGGUGACCAAAACAAAACAAAGAAACGUCACAACAAUGAGCUACCUCCGGGCCGCCAUUCCGUGGCUGGUGCGUUACGGGGCCGUUCUGCCGAAGCGUCACUUCUCCGUCGUCGGCAGCCCCAGCCUCGGUUCCUAUCUGGUGCAACAGGCUAAUAAAGCGAAAAAUGUGAAUCGCACCCUGCACGGAUUGCACGAGCGGAAGCAGACCACGUUCGGGGAGCGGAGCGAGCUGAAGAACGCCCGCCGGCUGGUGGUGAAGCUGGGCAGUGCCGUCAUCACGCGCGAGGACGAGCACGGGCUGGCCCUCGGGCGUCUCGCGUCAAUCGUGGAACAGGUGGCCGAGUACCACGUGGAAGGGCGCGAGUGCAUCAUGGUGACCAGCGGAGCCGUCGCGUUCGGUAAACAGAAACUGACCCAGGAGCUGCUGAUGUCGCUGUCGAUGCGUGAAACCCUGUCGCCGACGGAUCACACGCGCCAGGACGCGGGCACGAUGGUGGAACCGCGGGCCGCCGCGGCCGUCGGCCAGUCGGGCCUAAUGUCGCUGUACGACGCGAUGUUCGCCCAGUACGGCAUCAAGAUCGCGCAGGUCCUGGUGACGGAACCGGACUUUUACAACGAGGAAACGCGCAAGCACCUGUUCAGUACCCUGUCCGAGCUGAUCAGCCUGAACAUUGUGCCGAUCAUCAACACGAACGAUGCGGUCGUCCCGCCAAUGUUCGUCAACCAGGAGCUGUCGGCGACCGGCAAGAAGCGGGGUAUUCGCAUCAAGGACAACGACAGCUUGGCGGCCCUGCUGGCGGCCGAAAUUCACGCCGAUCUGCUGAUCCUCAUGUCGGACGUGGACGGGAUUUACAACAAGCCGCCGUGGGAGGACGGCGCCCGGCUGAUGCACACGUACACCCACAGCGACAAGGAUCUGAUCAAGUUCGGCGAAAAGUCCAAGGUCGGCACCGGCGGCAUGAACGCGAAGGUGAUGGCCGCCACCUGGGCGCUCGAUCGAGGCGUCAGCGUCGUCAUCUGUAACGGUAUGCAGGAUAAGGCGAUCAAAAACAUCCUCACCGGACGCAAGGUGGGCACGUUCUUCACCGAGUCCACCUCGGAGAAGGCCGCCCCGGUGGAUCAGCUGGCCGAGAAUGCUCGCAGCGGCAGUCGGGUGCUGCAGAAUCUCAGCGCCAGCGAACGAGCCCAGGCCGUCAACACGCUGGCCGAACUGCUAAUAUCGCGCCAACCGUACAUCCUCGAGGCGAACGCCAAGGACCUGGAGGAGGCGAAAAAGUCGGGCCUCGCCAAGCCGCUGCUUUCGCGUCUGUCACUGACCGGGCCCAAGCUGCAGAGUUUGGCCACGGGGCUCAAACAGAUCGCCGAAGACAGUCACAGGAACGUGGGCCGUGUGUUGAAGCGGACGAAGCUGGCCGAAGGGCUCGAGCUGAAGCAAGUGACGGUGCCCAUCGGGGUGCUGCUGGUGAUAUUCGAAUCCCGUCCGGACUCGCUGCCCCAGGUGGCCGCCCUAGCGAUGGCCUCGGGCAACGGGCUGCUCCUGAAGGGGGGCAAAGAGGCGGCCCACAGUAACCGGGCCCUGAUGGAGCUGGUGAAGGAAUCUCUCGCCCCGACCGGUGCGGCCAACGCCAUCUCGCUGGUGUCGACCCGCGAAGAAAUCAGCGAUCUGCUGUCGAUGGACGAACACAUCGAUCUGAUUAUCCCGCGCGGUUCCAGCGAGCUGGUCCGCAGCAUCCAACAGAAAGCACAACACAUCCCCGUGAUGGGCCACGCGGAAGGUAUCUGCCACGUGUACGUCGAUCGGGAGGCCGACCUCGACAAGGCGCUCAAGAUUAUCCGCGACUCCAAGUGCGACUACCCGGCCGCGUGCAACGCCAUGGAGACGCUGCUCAUCCACGAGGAACUCAUGAAGGACGGUGCGUUCUUUACGGACGUGUGCAACAUGCUGAAGCGGGAAGGCGUCAAGAUCAAUUCCGGCCCGAAACUAAGCCAAACGCUUACGUUCGGGCCGCCGCAGGCGAAAUCACUCAAGUUCGAGUACGGCGCGCUGGAGUGUAGCAUCGAGACGGUGAAGGACCUCGAGGAAGCCAUCCAACACGUGCACACAUACGGCAGCGGGCACACGGACGUUAUCGUAACGGAAAAUGCGAACGCGGCCAAGUACUUCCAGAGCAACGUCGACAGCGCGUGUGUGUUCCACAACGCCAGCAGCCGCUUCGCCGACGGGUUCCGGUUUGGUCUCGGAGCGGAAGUAGGCAUUUCGACCGCCAGAAUACAUGCGCGCGGCCCAGUCGGUGUCGAGGGGCUGCUCACGACGAAAUGGAUUCUCAGCGGCGUCGAUCACACGGCAUCGGAGUUUACCGAUGGAACGCGAGCGUGGGUCCACCAAGCGCUUCCCACCGAGUAAUCCCUGGGCCGAAGAAGACCCUGCCACUGCCCGUUUGCGAACUGUUCGUUUCUUUGCUUUCGCAUUUGUUUGGCCACCGUGCUUCCGGUUCCGGUGUAACAGAGUACCAGAUGGAACAAAGUACGCGCCAAGUAAACAAAUUAAUGCCCAUCGAUUGCCGCUCAUUGUAGUGUGGCUGUGUCCGCGUGUGUGUGUGUGUGUAUGUGUGAGGAGAACUGUUAAAUAAACUCAUUCCAUUAUCCGUGUA